UAAGUUUGCCUUUGGGUACAGGGCUGGUGACUGGAACACGAAAUAUUUGCAUCUUUGGUACGGAUUAGACCUUUUUUUAUUUUUCUUUAAGGCUUUUGGUUGUCAUUUAGUAAUAGUAAAUGUACUCGAGUUAACAGCUGAAGAUGUGGCACCAAGUGAAAUUAUCAGCCAGGGAAAUAGAAUGUGCAAAAAUACAUUUGUAUUGAUGUAUGCUCCUCCAAAACAGCACAUUUAGUGAAAUCAAGGUUGUGGAAUUGUUGCAGAAACAGAAUAGUGGAAUGCUUGCAUUUAAUUUCCUACACUGUGAUUUUAAAAUAUAAUUAUAAGAACUGUAAGCGGCGAAAACAACUUACCUCAGCUUGCGUACGCACGUCAAGGUUAGGCUAUUUCUGACACGACUGCUUGAAAAAUCGAGUUGACUAUAGAUGCGGCCACUGCUUUAAGUGUUCUCCGUUUCUUAAUGGCCAGACCCGAGGAUGUCUGCCUAGCAUGGCUGUGGCUCUUGCACCAACGACCCGCGGACCGUUAUGGCAUUUAGCCGCGUCUUUUCGGAUCCCCCGUCCAGGAGCAUCUUUAAGAAAUUCGUGGUUAUGCUGUUGUCCCUGCUCACGUCUCUUUACUUCAUGUACUGCCUGACCGACCGCUGCAGCACCAUGCCUACUCCGGUGAGAGCGCCCGAGCAAGUAAUGGGUUUCAUUGCCUCGGAUUUUCAGGACUGGCAGUCACUGAGGAGAAAAAGGCUACUCCAAAAAAUCAUCAGCAAGCCGGGUUACGACGCCGCCAAACUCACAUCCCGGUUGGACGCGGCGAGGAACGUUGUCGGCGCUGGUGUCCUGUCUGGACUGGAGGCGCACGCGAGCGCGCUGCGCUCGGACUUGCGACUCGCGGGCUCGUUGGAACUGGCUUCCAUAGCGCGGGUGGCAGGCUUCUCGGCGAAGACGGGGAGUACAGGUAAACUCAGCCAGCUUGGCGAGGGGACCAAGAAGCUGCCCCAGGCGAUCAUUAUCGGGGUGAAAAAGGGCGGUACGCGCGCUCUGCUCGAGUUUCUCCGCGUGCAUCCAGACAUCAGGGCCGUGGGAGCCGAGCCGCACUUCUUUGACAGGAACUACGACAACGGACUGGAUUGGUACAGGGACCUGAUGCCCAAAACCCUGGAGGGUCAGAUCACCAUGGAGAAGACCCCCAGCUACUUUGUGACCAAGGAGGCGCCGGCCCGCAUCUACGCCAUGUCCCAGGACACCAAGCUCAUCGUGGUGGUGCGGGACCCCGUCACCAGGGCCGUCUCCGACUACACCCAGACGCUGUCCAAAAAGCCCGACAUCCCCACCUUCGAGAGCCUGACCUUCAAAAACAGGACUACGGGUCUGAUCGACACGUCCUGGAGCGCCGUCCAGAUCGGCAUCUACGCCAAGCACCUGGACAACUGGCUGCAGUUCUUCCCCAUGCGGCAGAUCCUGUUCGUGAGCGGCGAGCGGCUCAUCAGCGACCCGGCGGGGGAGCUGGGCCGCGUGCAGGACUUCCUGGGGCUCAAGAGGAUCAUCACCGACAAACACUUCUACUUCAACCAGACCAAGGGCUUCCCCUGCCUGAAGAAGGCCGAGGGCAGCAGCAAGCCCCACUGCCUGGGCAAAACCAAAGGCCGCACGCACCCCAACAUCCACCCAGAGGUGCUGCAGAGACUCAGGGACUUCUACAGGCCCUUCAACAUGAAGUUCUACCAGAUGACGGGUCGCAUUUUCGGGUGGGAUGAGUGAAAGUGCCUCUUGCGGUGGUGUAGGAUGGGUGGGG